GACGCACGCACACAGACACAGCCUUCCUGUCGAGGGCUGGCAUCUGUCGCAGGCGACAAAAGCAAUUAAUGUCGCACGUCCUCAUCCCAGCAUGCCUUUCGGUGGCCUGUGCUUUUGUGACUGCGACCUUCUUCUUGAUUCUUUCUCUGUUCAUCCUGACCAUCCACCCCGGGUGUCGCCAUGUCUCUGUUUGACGGCACGGACUUAGAUCGAGAUCACUUCAUCGAAGGCUGUCUCGUCGUCGCAGUCGCCAUUCUUAUCGUUAUUUUCAUCUACGCUCUGUGUUGCCACGCCAAGAAGAAAGCGGAGAAGAGGAGGAAAAAGCAGGAAGAGGAGGAGGCCACGUCUUUCUUUACGCUGGACGACAUGGACCCUCCCGCCCGCAGCACUUCCUACAAGUCCACCGUCUUCACUCUGGGAGAAAUCCCCUGCUGUCCGCCGCAGACCUACAUCACCAUCGCCCAGGCGCCAGUCACUCUGGACCAGUUCAACGGUGAUCUCUCCCCCGGACCCGUCCUCCUGGGGCCGGGCAAAGGUCAGCACGUGUCCACACCUAUCUACCCACCUUCGUACUUCGGUCCCUCCUCCGCCUGCUACACUUCUCUCUCCGAUGUCAACCCCUCCUUGGCAGCCCCGCUCAAGCCCUGAGCAUUCAGUCACGUGAUGUAGGUGUUUCUGCUGUCGAUCGAGCAGGUGCCUGACUGACUUGUGACAAAUGUCAUUGCUGUGAUCCUCCGCUGAUAGACUCUCGAGUUAGGACCUGGCGUUUCCGAUGGCUGGGGCGAGAAGGGAAAUUGUGUUUCCAAGUCGUUUAGCAAUGGGCAGAUGUGUUAUUAAAUGAAAGAUGUGAC